GGGCGAGGUUGUAUUCGCCUGGCCGAGCGUCGUCGCCUGUCUGGUGCCUUCACAGGAAUUUGUGGCGGAGUUCAUCCCAGUGGACGAGAGACAUUUUAACUUGGGAAGUCUUGUGGAGCACAGGGCAGGCAGGUUUGGGUGAGGAAGAAAUAAAAGAUUCCCAGGAUGAAGAUUUUCCAGAAGAGACUUUGAGUUAAAGAAGGCGUUUUAUACUUGAUAAGUGUUGUCAUCUGUAAUGAAGAUCAUUGAAAAACAGAAGAUUAAGUAAAGCCUUGUAACAUUGGACCUGGAUAGGAGAUUUAGAAAAGAAAAUUAAAAUUAGUCACUUUGGUUUUAGUGUUUCAAUUUCAUAAUAUUUAUUCUUCUGAAUAAGUUUAGGGAGUAGAAAUUAAAAUUCAGUGUUAUAGUAACAGAUGCACUAAUAUUCUUUUUCUUUCUUUCUUUUAUUUUUUGUAUGAGAGAAGAAAGUAGAUAACCAAGAACUAUAGUGAUUCAUAAUGAAAUACACUAAACUGAAUUUUAUGUUGUCAGUUCUUGGCAUUAUAAUCUAUAUAACUGAUUUAAUUGUGGACAUCGGGGUAUCUGUCAGGUUUUUCUAUGAAGGACGAAAUGUUUUUGGUAUUUUAACAGUAAGCUUUAUGCUCUUUGGAACACUUGUGGUGCAGUGUUUUAGUUAUUCUUGGUUCAAGGCUGAUUUAAAGAAAGCAGGCCAAGAAAAUCAGCAUUGUUUUCUUCUACUUCACUGCUUGCAAGGAGGAGUUUUUACAAGGUAUUGGUUUGCCUUGAAAAAGGGUUAUCAUGUGGCUUUCAAAAAUAGCAGCAAAACUGAUAACUUUAUGGAAGAACAAAUUGAUCCACAUAAAGAAGUUAUAGAUAGAAUGACUGAUUUGAGCAUGCUCAGGCUAUUUGAGACCUACCUGGAAGGCUGCCCACAACUUGUUUUGCAGCUCUACACCUUUCUGGAACAUGGUCAAGCAAAUUUCAGUCAGUAUGCAGCCAUUACGGUCUCUUGCUGUGCUAUUUCUUGGUCAACUGUUGAUUAUCAAGUAGCUUUAAGAAAAUCCUUGCCUGAUAAAAAUCUCCUUAAUGGAUUCUGUCCCAAAUUCACAUACCUCUUUUAUAAGUUGUUUACAUUAUUAUCUUGGAUGCUGAGUGUUGUACUUCUUUUAUUCUUAAAUGUUAAGAUUGCAUUAUUUCUGUUAUUAUUUCUUUGGUUUUUAGGGAUAUUGUGGGCAUUUAAAAAGCAAACUCAAUUUUGUGCUUCUAUAAGUAUGGAAUUGUUAUACAGAGUUGUUGUUGGAUUCAUUCUUACUUUUACAUUUUUUAAUAUUAAGGGACAGAAUACUAAAUGUCCAAUGUUUUGUUAUUAUAUUGUAAGGGUAUUGGCCACAGUGGGGAUAUUGGUUGUGUUCUGGAUUUCCCCAGUCUCUAUUUUUAAUUCAGACUAUUUUAUGUCUAUCAGUAUCACUGUAGCUCUUACUCUUGUCCUUGGAAUUAUUUUUCUUAUUGUUUAUUAUGGGACUUUCCACCCAGACAGAAAUGAAGAAACAAAACCUGAUGAAAUUGAUGGAAGAGCAGUUCAAAGAGAUUGUAGAAUGAAGUAUUUUCUAAUGGAAUAGCUAUUCAUUUGUGAGAUCUGUUUUCUUAUUUUUUUUGUUUCAUUGGUUAAUAAAGAAAAUG